UGACGGGAAAAGGUCAAAGUUCACGAGAAAGUUGCCUCCUAGGUGAUGAGCAUCAAUAGCCGCGGGGACAUAUUUGUGGAGGUUUAAGACUCGUCUUCCUGCAACACCGCUGUUUACACCGCUCCUGUGCGUGCGGGAGAACAUGUGAAGACUCCAGUACGUGAUUGAUAGUGUACAUGUGGUUCUGGAGUUGAGACAACGAUGGGCUGUGGAGCAUCGCACAACUUCAACUACGAGUCCCAGGUGGAGAACGCAUGGCUACAGGUUGAAGGUACUGUGGACAAGUCUGCGGAAAAGGGCAAGAAUCUCAUCAUCAAGAGGUCAGGAUGGAAAACCAUCAGGAUAUUCGUGUCCUCAACAUUCAAGGACUUCAAAGCAGAAAGGGAAAUGUUGGUAAAACAGGUAUUCCCUGACCUGAGACUGUGGUGUGAGAGUAGGAGGCUGCAUCUGGUGGAGUGUGACCUGAGAUGGGGUGUGCCCAAAGACACCACCACAGAGACCACGCUCCGCACCUGUCUCAGUGAGAUUGACAGGUGUCACCAGGACAACGUCAUGCCAUUUUUCGUCAAUAUGACCAGUGAACGUUGUGGCUGGGUCCCUGGUGUGGAAGAUGUUCCCCAGGCCAUUGUUGACGAGUACCGCUGGAUAUUUGGACUGUCCAUUACUGAGAUGGAGAUCAUGCAUGCUGCCUACAGGAGGGACAACCCUAACUCCCUGUUCAUGAUCAGGAAUGCCUCCUUCAUGGACACCGUACCAGACAGACACAAAACAGAGUUCCUGGAUGACAACCCCAUCGCACCACACAAGCUCAAGAUGCUGAAGACCAUGUUACAGAAUAGGUUUUCUGAGGACAGAGUGAUCUUCUAUGACUGUGAGUUUGACUACAUCGACAAGGACAAAGACAAGGUGUAUCUCAAGGGACUGGAUGGUCUCUUUACACAAAAGGUUCUGGAGUUCUUUAAAACCCGUAUCUCCCAGCAGUACCCCCUAGACGAGACCCCUGCUGACCCGUACCAGAGACAGAGGGAAGCUCAUGAGUCCUUCAUGAAGAACCGUGCGGAGGUCGUGCUGGGGAGGGACCAAGUGCUGAGAGAGAUUCAGGACCACAUUGCUGGGAUUGCAGUAGAAGCACCGAUGGUGUUAGUGGCCGGACCUGGGUCGGGGAAGUCAGCUGUCAUGGCGAGGACGGCCAACGAUACGGUCACUAAGGCCCUAAACAACACUAUCCCUGGUGGAGGAGACAAAGGCUGGCACAUCUUCUUCCACUUUGUGGGAGCCACGCCCGGGUCCACAGACCUGGAGCUCAUGCUGAAGAGACUGCUGAAGGAACUGGGCGUGGUCAAUGACUCCACCAUGCCAAAGGACCUGGAGUCUUCUGUCCAGCUGACCACUGCAGUCCUGUCCAACCCAAACACCAGACCAACGGUCAUCAUCCUAGAUGCUGUCAAUCAGUUUGAGGAAGUGUCUGCCGCCAUGAACAUGAGCUGGUUACCAGGGAAGCUGGCUCCCCAGAUCAGAUGUGUCUUCUCUAUGAUUGGUGAAACCCCGCCUCACAAGGCCCUCAAGACCAGGUCCAUCAAGCCUAAUGAAACCACAUUGGAGCCGCUGGAUGAACAAGCAAGACAGGAAAUUGUGAGGACGAUGUUAUCCAAGUACAACAAGAGACUGGACCCGUCCCAGAUGAACAGCCUGCUGUCCAAGGAGUCCUCGGCUAACCCCCUGUGGCUGUCCAUUGCCUGCGAGGAGCUGCGGGUGUACGGGGUGUUCGAGAAGGUCUCCAAGAUGAUCGAGGGUCUCGCAGACGGACUCUUAAAUUUGCUGACCCAGGUUCUGGAGAGGUUUGAGGAGGAGAAUGGUGGUUACCUGUUAGUGGCUACACUGUGUCUGCUGGAGUGUUCUAACACUGGGCUGUUAGAGACAGAACUGCUGAGGAUACUGGCUGAUGAGGACAACCUCAUGCCGAAAGACAUGAAACAUAAAAAGAAAGGUAAAGGCAACUCAGAAAAGCUGGAGAUUCUACCAAUGGCAAAGUGGGCAGUUGUUUACCGUGGAUUGCGUACAUUUCUGCGGCCGUUUGGCGAGAGUGGGGAGGGCAGACUGGACUUCUACCACAGGUCACUCAGCAAAGCUGUCAGGUCAAAGUAUUUCCUGGUGGAUGGUGCAGAUGAAGACAGGGUGAAAGCCAGGUACAACUGGUGGCACAGCAAACUGGCCAACUUCUUCCAACAUGUGGCCAACAUCGACAGAAGGGUGGAGGAGUACCCCUACCAGCUGACUAAGAUAGGUGACCACAGCAGACUUGCUGAGUGCCUGCUGGACUGGGAGGUGUUUGAUCAUCUGUACAAUGAAGACUACAGCAGCCAGCUGCUGGCUUACUGGAGAGCUGCUGGAGGAGCAGAAGAGAUGGAGACGAGGUACAAGGAAUCUCUGAAGGAACUGGAAAACACAGAGGAUGUCUCAAAGGAAACCCUGGGUCUGAGAUACCUGCAGGUGUCCAGAGUCAUGACACAGGGAGGCCGCCAUGAUGGUGCGGAACAGAUGCUGGCUCCCGCGGUCAGGAUCGAACAGGACGACCUGGGGGCGCGGCCUGAAAGGAUGGCGCAGGUGUACGAACUCACCGCAACCAUCUUCACUGAGAAACUGAAGCUGUAUGACUUUGUGAGUCCUCAGCAGCUGACAGAGCUCAGGCCAGCGAUUGACAACGGCAGGAAAGCUGUGGAGCUCAGGGAAACUCUACCUCAGGAUGAUAAAAACAAGUUCAAGCUGGCCAAGACACGGAUGCAGCUGGCCUUUAACAUGGAGAGCUGGCAGGCGUGUCUGCUGGACGAGAGACAGUACCCGGACGCUACAGCCUUCCUCAGCAAGGCACAGGCCUCGCAGGACGGCAACAAACACAUCGAUCUGGCCAUGCAGACGUUCAAACAGCUGCGAGACGAUGGGCACCUUGCUGAAGCCAUCAUGACCAAGGCCAUCCUAGCAGACAGGGGCAGUCAGGUCCAACUGGAGUUGUAUGAAGAAGCCCUGGCCCUGUGUCUACAGACCUACGGAGAGAACCACAUCCUGACCUCCAGACUCUACAUCAAUGUGGGCAUCUACUACGAGGACAGGGGGCAGUACAGGGACUCCUACAAACACUUCAAGAAGUGGUACGAGACCUGUCUGGUCGUGUUUGGUCCCGACCACCCCAAGACAAAACGAGCCGCGGGAACGCUAGAAGAGCCGUUAUACCGUAGGGUACGGCGGAUGGACGAACAAGGGGAACUGUAGGGCCACAGUAGGGGUUUGUUUAUGCUGAAGUUAGGCGCUUGCUUUGUCAGCACACUGAAAAAAACGUUUGAGUUAAGAUAUUUGUGCGCCAUACAUUGUUUCUAAAAAAAAACAGCAUGUUUUAUAUGUAGUUACAGUAAUAAGAUUGGGUAUUCAUCAUUCGUAUGGCCUCUUUUGGUCAAUAUUGACAUUAUGGUAAAAUCCUAAUUGAUAUCAGCCCUACAGCGUCGACUGUGGUUAAACAGUCUUAUACGAGAAUGACAGUCUCCGCCACGUGUAUAUUAUUUGAUAUUACAUGAUUGGAUAUUACAUUAUGGAAAAGUCAAGUCAAAAUCUGUCGUGACAUCAGGAAUACUUCUUAAGAAUUUUAGUUUUGAAAGUCUUUUUUAAAAGGUGAUUGAUUAGUAUUUAAUAAGGGUAGUAUAAAAACAUUAUACUGUCAAGGUGUCACAUUUGUAUGCUAGCUAAGAGUUUAAGAUGUAUGUAAAUAUGAUGUUUUUACAUUGAUAAAUGAACAUGUUUAUUUUUCAAGCACUUUCCCCUUAACUAUGCAACUGCAUUGCAAUCACGCAGUAUUCUGCAAUUGGUAUUGAUAUGUCCAGACCAUAGUUUCCUAUUGGUGGACUUAGAAUUAGCUAACCAAUCAGUGCAGUGCUAGGUAAUUUGUGUACAUAGUGGUGGGUUGGACUGGAGAAAUGUUUUCAAAAUAAUUGAUCCAUGUUAGCUAAAAAAAAAAGGAGAAAGAAAUCAAAAUGUAAAUUGGAAAUUGUUACUUUUGGUAGAAAUAUCAACAUAUAUUAGGUAAGGAGUGUUUCAUCCAUUCUGUAGUUAAAAUGAUCAUGAACCAGGCUACACCGAUGUGAUUAAUUGGUUUUAGUUUGUGCGCUAAGGAUGUACAAAGUGUACAUGUAGUAUCGUUGGGUGCCUUGUAGAAAUGUGGACAUAAUAUGAAUAUUAUAAUGACAAAGAUACGUGCAGUCGUUCACAAAAACCCACAGUAACAGUAUCAGUUUCAAGGCCAAGAACAAUAUAGUCUGUGCAAGUCAUGCCUCUGCUGCAAUAUGUGAAAAAUCAUGUAUAUUUUUCUUAACUCUUCCCAUCCUAAAACACGUCCUAUUGUUAAAUGUGUUGUAUUAAUGGUUGCCAUUUGUGCCUCAGGUCUGUAAUGAAAUUUUGAUAUCCUUAUUUCUGUGUAGUUAGAAGUACACUGUACUGGUGUACAGUUCUGUUGAUAAUCAAUUCAACAUCAGGUAUUUUUUUCGUCUUGUAGUUUUUGAUAAGAAGCAGAGGAUUCAUAGACAGUUUGUGGAAACAUUUUAUAAAUAUGGAUCAGAAUAUAACAUGGCAUUAUUAUUAGAUGAUUUUAUGCAGUUUGGUUUUUCCAACUUGGGAGCUUGACUCUGAUUGUUUCUUUUCACUGUAUAAAAAGUAUAUUGAUUUCACAUCCCGUUA